UCUCAUGGGUGUUGACAUACCUUAUUGAUCAUCACCGUAUAAGUCUAGUAGGGAGAGCUGUCGGGUGUAUUUGUCYUUUCUUCUGAGAACUGACCAAAUUKAUUUCAACAAAAAGAUGCAAAGACGUAAUACUAUUCUGUGUGCAUUUCUUGUCCUCUUUGGACAACUGUCUGAAUCCAGUGGAAUGGCAUUAAUGGGUUCAGAAAAGAGAGGUUGGACACUGAAUAGUGCAGGAUACCUCCUUGGGCCAUAUGGACAACGAACGCUGACUGUGAGACAUAGACCCCGACUGGGCAAAAGGASUGUUUGGGAAGAUGAUGUGAAACCAUUCCAAAACAGUGAAUACAAGUCUGUCAUCGAUGACGCCUACGUUCAAGCUUUUCUGGACUUCAUUACUUACUUACGUCUGAAAGAGAUUGGAGAGAUGGAGGAUUUGAGCACCCAUUAUCUUGCAGAAACGGAGUCAUAAUAAGAAAUCAGUACUCCUCUCCUAUUGUCAAAACAUUAUUUUCCACCUCCACCUGUUUCUAUGGUACMCAACUGC